CUUGCUCACCAUCAACCGGCGGAAGCAAAUCCCCAUAUUAGACUUUUAUCCACCACACCACAGACUCUCUUUUUUCUCAAAUUAUAAAGAAUAAGUCAGAGAACAAUUAACAAAAUAAAAAUAAUAAUAUUUUAUCUAAAGACUUAACUACUCGAUUAUAUUUUUGUUUAAACUUAGUGAGUCGGCGGUGCUAUUUGAGUCCUCUAAGUGUGUAAAAUUGUGAAAAAUCAAUUUCUCGAAAUAAACAAAAAUAAUUAUUACGUUUCGCUUAACUCAGCAACUCAUAGUUGGACGGAAGGUUUUCUGUAAAUACCGAGUCUUAUUGCAAAAAUAUUCCCGCAAAGAAGUUUCACAUAACUUUUUCAAAAUGGUUUUCACAACAGCACACGAUGAAACACCAAGACUUAAGAUGAGUGAAGUCCCACAAAUGAUGGCCGCUGAAGCUGAAACCCAACUCGAGCACAUGUGCCGCUUGGACUUUGAUUCACCAGCACCGCAAGUCCGUUUGUCUGGUAUCAUUUGUACCAUCGGCCCCGUUUCGCGCAGCGUUGAAAUGCUCGAGAAACUAAUGGCCACUGGCAUGAACAUUGCCCGUAUGAAUUUCUCACAUGGUUCCCACGAAUACCAUGCCGAGACAAUUGCCAAUGUUCGUCAAGCUGGCAAAAACUACUCGGCCAAAUUGGGCUACACUUAUCCAAUUGCUGUUGCCUUAGAUACCAAGGGACCUGAAAUUCGUACCGGUUUGAUUGAGGGCAGUGGAUCUGGUGAAGUUGAAUUGAAGAAGAACGAGACCAUCAAGUUGUCAACAAGCAAGGACUUUUUGGAGAAGGGCAACAAGGACUGCAUCUAUGUGGACUACCCAAAUAUUGUGAAUGUUGUUAAGCCAGGCAAUCGGGUGUUCGUUGAUGAUGGUUUGAUUUCUUUGAUUGUUUCCGAGAUCGACGGAGACACUUUGGUUUGCAAGAUCGAGAACGGUGGUGCUUUGGGAUCCCGCAAGGGUGUCAAUUUACCCGGUGUGCCAGUUGAUUUGCCAGCCGUCUCCGAGAAGGACAAGUCUGACUUGAAAUUCGGUGUUGAACAGGAAGUCGACAUGAUCUUUGCUUCGUUCAUCCGUAACGCAGCCGCUUUGACCGAAAUCCGUGGUGUUUUGGGAGAGAAGGGCAAGAACAUUAAAAUCAUUUCCAAGAUCGAAAACCAACAGGGUAUGCAAAAUUUGGAUUCGAUCAUCGAAGCCUCCGAUGGUAUUAUGGUUGCCCGUGGUGAUUUGGGUAUUGAAAUUCCCCCAGAGAAGGUGUUCAUUGCCCAAAAGGCUAUGAUCGCCCGUUGCAACAAAGCUGGCAAGCCAGUUAUCUGUGCCACACAGAUGUUGGAGUCCAUGGUUAAGAAGCCACGUCCAACUCGUGCUGAAAUCUCUGAUGUUGCCAACGCUGUUUUAGACGGCGCCGAUUGUGUGAUGUUGUCCGGAGAGACCGCCAAGGGUGAAUACCCCUUGGAGUGUGUGUUGUGCAUGGCCAAGACAUGCAAGGAAGCCGAAGCUGCCUUGUGGCACAAGAAUUUGUUCUCCGAUCUGGUAUCGAAGAACCCAAGCACCACUGAUGCCGCUCAUGCCGUAGCAAUUGCUGCUGUUGAGGCCGCUUCAAAGAGCACAGCUGCCGCUAUCAUUGUCAUCACCACAAGUGGCCGAUCUGCUCACUAUCUGAGCAAGUACAAGCCAAGAUGCCCCAUCAUCGCUGUGACCAGGUAUGGACAGAUCGCCAGACAAGCUCACUUAUACCGUGGUAUUCUUCCAUUAGUUUAUGCAGAACCCGCCGUCGGUGAUUGGUUGAAGGAUGUUGAUGCCCGAGUACAAUUCGGUAUCCAAGUUGGCAAGAAGAACGGUUUCAUCAAGUCUGGAAACUCAGUUGUCAUUGUUACUGGCUGGAAGCAAGGAUCCGGCUUCACAAACACCAUGCGCAUUAUAACUGUCGAAUAAAUUAAAUCUUACACACAAAUUACCUCAUGUUAAGUGCCCUAAACACCACAUCCCAGCGCACAUCAAACACAUCUGUAGAACAGAUAUAAUAAAUAUUUUAUUUUAGACCUUAAAGGAAAGUGAAAAGUUAUUUAAAAAAUAAAACAAUAAAUAUAACUCAAAAGUAUGUAUCUUCAUCUUGAUGUCGUCACAACUCACAUGAAGGUCCUUUUGAUAAGGAUCUCAAUUAUAUUGGUUUACGUUUAUUAAAAUAUUAAUUUAUGAAAAUUCAUUAUAACCAAGUUUAAAAAAAUUUAAUUCAAAGAAAUACCAACAAAAAUGUUAAGUGUUCUUUUAGAAAUUGUUGAUAGAAAUAUACAAAAGUCGUAUAAAUGAACAAAAGCUUAAUAAUAAAACCAUUAAAUGUAAACAAAUUAAAUAAUGUA